CGCGUUCCAUUCCAGUAGGCCCGUGUUACGGUCACACUGCUGGCCCGGAGCAUGGAGAUGUCCUCGAACUGAACUCGCUCUGAGCGGAGUCAACAGAAUGUCCUCGAAGCAGUCAUCCGCCGCGGUAGCAGCGGCCGUGGCCAGCUGCAAACUGGAGAAGCAGCAGCGCCGUCGCCUUGCGGCCUUCGACUUCGACCACACGAUCGUUUCCCAGAACACGGACACCGUGGUCCGUGACUUGCUGCCCACGGAAGUGACCAGCGCUCGCGCCAACGAACUCGUGGAAAACGAUUGCUGGACGGAGUAUAUGGCCGAGGUGUUCCGACUAUUGCAUGAGCAACAGGUGCCGGAGGCUCGCAUCCGGGACACCAUUCGAGGCAUACCCGAGGUUCCUGGAUUCGUACGUCUCAUUAAACACUUGGCAAAGCGGCUUCACUAUGACCUGAUCAUAAUCAGCGACUCGAACAGCGUUUUUAUCGAGGAGUGGCUGCGGGCGCACAAUAUAGCAGAUUGCUUUGUAGCUGUCUUCACCAAUCCGGCGGAAUUCGACGCCUCCGGCCGUCUGCUCGUCCGGGCCCACCACCAACAAUCGGACUGCAAGCUGAGCGCCAGUAACCUGUGUAAGGGUCGCGUCCUAGAGCACUUUGUUAUCGAACAGGACUUGCGCCGCAGUAUUCGCUACGAUCAUGUUUUUUACGUGGGUGACGGGAAUAAUGACAUUUGUCCCGUGCUGCGACAGCGGGCCUGCGAUUUUGCCUGCGCCCGCAAAGGAUUCGCUAUGGAAAAGCAUCUACUGCGUAACCGCAGCAAGUUGAAGCUGCGAGCCCAGCUGUUGAUCUGGAAGAGCGGCUUCGACCUGAUGGACCAGAUGCUGGCCCUGCCGCAGCUGAAGACCCUACAGUUGCAGGAUGAUGCUGAUCCUGACCCCGAAGCCGAGACCGAGGCACCGGAGGUGGCACGCCGAGCAUCGGCCAUCGCCGGGCCGGCCAAGUCACCAAAUUAAGGAGGCAUGUAUAGGCAUUUGGGACCUGCUCGAGAACUUCUAAACUCGUGAAGGUCUCAAUUCAGCAUACGCAUCCGCAUCCCCAUCCCAUCAUCCAUCAGUUGUUCCAUCAUGUGGUCUGGUCUGUUUUUGAUUUAAUCCGCUCCCUCCUUUUAUUGCACCGACUAUGCUAAGUAUGCUAAGUGGAUCUAUGUGCCAGGACUUAAACCUGCAGAACAUAUUGUCUAAAACAGUACAAUUUCAGUGGUGUGCCAGUUCAAGGAGUCAAUUUUGGGCUGCGGCUGUUAAUGUUUAUUCCAUGUGUGUAUAUUGUAACUUGUUGUAAUUGAAAUUAUCGCAAGCUGUAUAUGAGUGUCCAUAUUAUAUGCAUUUGAAUGUGUGUUUUGCCGUUACUGCA